AUGACGCUGGAAAUCCAUUCCCCGCAACAAUCGGUCAACGAGCGCAGAGGCCAGCGACUGGCGCCGCUACAGACCAAUUUCAGCCGUCCCACCGCGCGUCCGAUCCAGGUGACAGCGGCCCGACCACAGCGACCCCGACCCUCCGACUACCAGACCGAUGAGGGGAGCGGAGAGCGAGUCCCUUUACAAUCCACUCCGGUGAAACGCCAGACAUCCAAAACCAGUCUGCGCAACAUUUUUGGACGCGACAAGUCGGCCCGUAAGUCGGCCGCGGAUGUCAAGCUAUCUGGUAUUGACGAACAGAAAUCCACCGGCGAACAACCGGCCCCCAACAACGCAGGGGCAGCGCCCUUAUCACCCACCCUUGUCGCCACACCGAAAACGAAUGCAUCUGCUGCGACAUUGCCCACAUCCCCCACCACCGCUGCGUCUCAGCGCCCGAAGCUACCCACCAAAUCGCGCGGAAAGUCCAGCGAUGAUCCAGCCUCCGCGGGAGACUUAGGCUGGAAGCCUCCGCCACUGUUUCAGGCAUAUCCGCAGUCGAUCAAGCAUGAUUCGUUACCGGUCCCUUCUCUAUCGGUGGACUCCAUCCUGCGCAUGCAGGCCACGGCAAAAGCCAAGGGGAUUACUUCUUCGCGCGAAGAUGAAAAGUCGUCGCAGAAUGGAGACGCCGCCGAGGAAACAACGACCCGGAAGAAAAAAGAAGAGAAGGAGAGAAAAAGACAUUUACGCACACUUUCCGAGACAGUCAGCAAGACGGAAUGGUCUCAGAAGGUGUAUGUGCUCGCUACCGCCGGAUACAUCCUACAAUAUGCGGGCUCGGGCAAGCACGACCGUCUGCCGGAGAAAAUGCUCCAGCUGGGACCCAAGUCGGUGGCCUUCGCCAGCGAUGCGAUUCCAGGAAAGCAUUACGUGCUCCAGGUGACACAAACCUCGGACGAGGAAGGCAGUGAAGGACCCAAGCACCAUCGCUUUCGCUUUGGAUUUCACCGUUCUCAUACUCGUCGAAUGGAACGAAGCUUCCUGCUUGUCUUCGACCAUCCCGAGGACAUGAAUACGUGGCUGCUGGCUGUCCGAGCUCAGAUCGAAGCGCGCGGUGGCAAGAAGUAUAUCUCCGAAAGAGCAGAUGAUGGCGAGCCGGGGCAUCAGCUCAACUCCAAACCUAGCAUCCGUCAAAUGAUAACGAAGGAUACGAAGCGAUACUCCACAUUAAUUCCACCCCAGCUGCCCGCAUCUGGAGAGGAGAGAGAUCCAAGCUUCAGUGAUCAGUCUCGUCGGAACUCCUAUGUCUCGGUCAAUCGCCGUUCGAUAGUUUUACCACCGGCAUCUGAAUCCCGUUCUGGAUCUAUCUCCACGACACAUACAGAAGUGACAUCGCCAGUCAGCAAUUCGGGGCGCUUUUACUCAACCAUGACAGCGUCAAGCGUGCCGAGUGUGCCAUCGUCUGAUAAUGUACCUAAAUCCUUCGAUAUGGGCAGUCCGACGGCUUCGGGCUCGACUAAAAGACGAUCGUUGCAUGCGUCGCCAACGCAAGCCAUGCCCACAGCUGCUGAGAUGGCGGCCGAGAUCCCUCGGGCCCAGUCAACGCAGCCUGAUUCAAUCUAUCGCAGCACCUCCCCACCAGCUCCUAAUUUCAGCGUUCCCUCUUUUAGCAAACGGUAUACAGCUCGGUUUGGGCCCUUGCAGGUCCCCCAGUUCUCGCAGGCUCCGCCUGCUCUCGACGUUAUCAGCAACGACCCGCCCGCAGAUACUCUAUCCGCCUUCCCAUCUCCACCGCAUUCCCCCGGCAAGAUACCGAACGGGUUUGGAUUGGGCGUCAUGAAUGAGUCUCAACAGAACCAACCCGCCCAAACAUUGGCCCCGCCUAAACCACUCCGGGUUUCUAGCUCGCAGGAUUCCUUGGUGGAUCCGGUCCAGAAUGUCGAUUCCAAGAGUCAUCGUCUUUCUCGCUUGCCUCGGAAUCCGUUGAAGUCUGCCGCCAAUACGCUGCGUCCUACAACUGCCGUUGGAGGGAAGCCUCCUUCCGAGCUGCAUCUUUUGGCGGAAGAGCAAACAAGUGGCCAAGACCAGCCACGAGUCCGGGGAUCGGUAAUGUACCAAACCGACCCUAAUGCACGUUUGCCGCCGGCUGGUAUGGGCCGACGCAAGAGUAUGCCAGGACUUAUCGGGCCACCUGCAGCACCACCGCCCAAUUGUCCUCUCCCGAAGAUUCCCUCC